AUGAUUUCUGAUAUUGAAAGCUUCUUAUGUAAUUAUUUGCAAACGACCCAUUUCUCUAUACAACUGGACGAGUCAACUUUACCCGAUAAUGCAGCAUUAUUAUUGACAUAUGCUCGUUUUAUUAUGAAUAAAGAAAUCUACGAAGAACUGCUCUUCGCAAGAACUUUGAUAACCGACACUAAAGGUGAAUCAAUAUUUCAUGUUUUGAAGGAUUACUUCAUCGAAAAAGCAAUUCCUUUAUCAAAUAUAAUAUCAGUAGCUACAGGUGGAGCACCUGCCAUGGAUUAUGGGUCUAUCACUGUACAACAGAGAUGCUUCAAGUAUGCGGCAGCGAGUUCGCAACGCGAGCAAAACAAACGCGUCGUCGUCGAUGGAACACGGGAUGAAAGUGACAGGAGGCUGGUAGGAGGUGAGCUUAACGUCAAACCAAACAAAAUUAAAGUUUUCCUCUUAGGCAGCGACCCGGUGAUGGAAGAAACCUAUUGUCUGGUAAUCUAA